UUGUUUUUCUUCAUCGAGUUUUUGCAAAUAACUUCCCCCCCCGUUCCUCUCCAGAGGGCAUCAUGGACUAUUCAUACUUGAACCAGGCUUCUUUCGAAUCGAGCUGCCUCCAAGGGGCCGGAAUGGAUCCGACGGGGCUUACCAAUAUGCCGUGCUCCUAUGGGGAUCUUACCUCUUGCAGUCAGAUGUCGCAGGCGGCUUACCGGUACACGGCCGCGGCGGCUUCGAUGGCCCGCACGUACAAUCCGACGGCCGGGGCACCCAUGGGGGUGCACCACUCGACCGCCGGUUCCCAAUGUGCCGUCAUGGGCGGUAGGACCCAUGUCCAGGACGUGCAUAGGGCGGGCAUGUUUCCGGCCUCCAUGAAUUUACAAGGAGGUCUUCCAUAUAAAGUGUAUCCAGGCCACGAUGGCGUAUUAACGGAAAAACGGAAACAACGCAGAAUUAGGACCACGUUCACAUCCGCCCAGUUAAAAGAGCUCGAGAGGGCUUUCCAGGAGACUCACUAUCCAGAUAUUUACACCAGGGAGGAAAUCGCGAUGAAAAUUGACCUGACCGAGGCACGAGUUCAGGUGUGGUUCCAAAACCGCCGAGCCAAAUUCCGGAAACAGGAACGUCUGGCACAACAGAAGGCCUCCAAUCAAAACCAGCCGAGUAACCCCGCCGACAGUCCGAACCCCUCGCCGAUUAAAGCCGAAGGCAGCGGCGGCGGUAACUCCAAAAGUAAUCAGCAGGGGUUACAGAAAGACGUUAAGCCGGGUUCACCCCAUUCGAGCGUCAGCACCACCCCCAAUUCAGCAAGCAGUUUAUCCAGCCACCAUUCGUCCAACGGGUUGGAUGUGAAGCCAGUCAGUAAUGGUAAACUGUCAGACGACUCGAUUUCCAACAACAACAAGUGGCCGUCCAUGAGCCCACAAUCGUGCAACACCGCCCUGCUGGUGCACCAGGCGAACAAAGUUUUGUCCUCGCCGCCGAGCCAUCUUCAGUCGCAUGCCGCGGCCGCGCUGACGUCACCGUUCACGUCGCUAUUGGGGUCCGGUAGCGCGGCCUCCUAUUUGCUCGGCGACCAUCUUAAACCCACCACCGUCAAUCAUUUGUUUUAAUAAUUGUGACAUGCGUAUCCUACCGACUGCGCCGAUUUGUCUGAUGACUAUCGUCGCCUUAGGGCAUAUUUUUUAUAUGAUUGUACGAUUGUUUUGUAUUGUGUAUUAUAAUUAAAAAAAAGUUUGUCCGUCUGUAAAAUCCUGAAUUUAUCAUCUUAGUUAUACGAUUUGUAUACGGAUAUAGAGAAAACAGUAUUUAGGGUAGUGUUGUAUAUAAUGCUGUAUAUUGUUUAGGGUGUGUAUAGACUUUAUUGUAGUUUAGCUGGUAAAAUUGUGAAUCGUUUAAUUUUCAAUUUUGUAAAUAAUUACUAUCCGUAAUGUGUAAAUAGUUUUGUACAUGGGUCGUCCAGUAUAUGAUAUACCUAGUUGAACUAAAAAUUAGCAAUAUUUUCGGACAAUUUCUACAUUUAAGUACGUUAUCUGGAAACAAUGUGUAUGUACAUAAACAAUUGCCAAAAAAUUACUGAAUUACGACUUUAUAUUAUUUUAAGUACUAUUCUCUAGUCAAUUUAUGUAAUAUAUAAAUAAAGAAAAUUGUUUAAUUUA